AUGCUCCCUGACGGCGGAGAGCUCCUGUGUAGGGGCGACUCGGACAAUUGGGAGAAGUUCCGCGCGCUUUCGCGACGCGUGCGGGCCGAGCAUGGCGCAUCAGCCGCGCCACGAGACGCUCCUGGGCUGGCACUCGCCCGGGCUGCGCACGCGGAGCCGCACUCUCCCAAGACCGCCGGACCCGGAUCCGCCCACUCCCUGCAGCCCGGAGCGCCUCCCGUCCCAGGGCGAGGCCCGCAGCUCGGCCAGUCGCCGGAUUCCGUCGGCCUCCCGCGCCACGCACCGUGCCGGACGCCAUCCGAGGCGCACGCGCGCACGUGCGGGAGCGUGACGGCCCCGCCGUGGUCCGCGGAGACCACCACGGCGCUCGACGACGCCCUGAACAGCCACUCCGAGCACCACGUCAGCGGCGACGGCACCGUGGGCACCGCCGCGGACGCCGCAGCCUCCGCCCGCGCCGAGGUCGCGCGCAAGGUCGACGCCCUGCUGCGCGCCGCGGGCGGAGACCAGCUCCAGGGCAUCUGGUGCGAGCUCACGGGCGAGUCGGCCAUGAGCCUCUGCCGCCCUGGCGCGCCCGCGGAGGUGUCGGUGCAGGGGCGGGUUCCGCGGUCCGCGCUGCAGCUCCAGCGCCCGGGCGGGCCGCGCAAGCCGAGCGCCGCGCUCGCCACCGCCGCGCAGGCCAGCGUCGCGGCCGCCACGGGCGCGCGCGCCCGCCAAGCCGCCGGCGCCCGCCGCCCGCGUUCCGACCCGCCGGCGGACGCGACCGCCGGCGCCGCGGCGCCCGGCAGCGCGCGCGUGAGCAGCGUCAGCGACGGCACCGCCGCGCCGGGCUCCACGGGGCAGCGCAGCUCCGCGCCCGGCGACGUCGCCGCCAAGGACCUCCCGGCGCCGACGGAGACCCCCCCGGAGACCCCCGCGGCCCCCGAGGACGACGAGGACGUCGUCAUCCUCAGCGAGGCGUCGCGCGCGGACCGCGCGCAGGUCCUCCGGAUCCUGGCGGUGCAAAUCGCCAACAGCCCGGAUUUCCGGAUCCUCCAGGGGCUGUGGGACUGCGAGGAGCCCGCGCUGCAGGUCCUGCACAGCCCGAGCAUGCUGCAGUGCAGCCUCACGUGCGGCUCGCGGAGCCGCCCCGGCGCCGUCGCGCUGUCGGAGCUGCUGUCCAUCGACCCGCGUGCUGCGCACCUCCUGGCCGUUGUGCACAUGUGGGGCUCCGCGCGGGACCUCCUGCCGCCGCCCGGACCAGCGAGCGGACGGCCGUCGGCGCUGGACCACCGCGCCCUGUGCCUCCUCGUCGCGUUCUUCCUCCAGACGCGCAGCCAGCCAACACUCCCCCCCCUCCGGGCCCUCUUCGGCGGCCCCGACACCAAGAAGCCGCUGUCGGAGCGCAGCGCCGGCGGCGAGGCGCAGCACCUCUCGGAGAUGGAGCAGCGCGUCCGCGCGGCGGCGGCGCAGCUGCGCGAAGCCCGCAAGGCGGCGGCGGCGGAGCGCGGGCCGGGGGAGACAGUGUCGUCGAUCUUCUUCUCGUUCCUGUGCUUCCUGAAGAUCACGUUCGAGAUGUGGCACUGCGGCGCGCUCGACGGGCUCGCGCCGGACGUCUGGUCGGGGCAGUGGGUGACGGUCCCCCGGUCCCCAGCCUCCUCGGACUCCCCCGCCGCGGCCAAGCCCUCCGCGGACGGCAGCGCCGCCUCCGUCGCGGGCAGCUCCAGCGCCACGAUGCCCGUCGAGGGCGACAGCGACCGCUCCGUCUCGGGCGCCGCCGUGCUCCUCCAGGCGCAGCAGGCCGCCCAGCGCGCGGCGCGCGCCGCUUUCGAGGCCUCGCAGCGCGGCCGCGCGGGCAUCGCGCCGAGCGGCGCGCCGGGCGUGAGCUCCCUCGCGCCCCCGCCGCCGCUCGCGGCCAUCGGCGUCGGCCCGGGACGCAGCCGCCCUGUGGCGCAGACGCUCCCGGCCAUCGUCUACAUCGCCGACCCCGUCGUGGAGGGCGUGAACGCGACGACGCGCAGCAACGACCCGCGCGCGGUCCUCACGGCCGCCGCGGCCGCCGCGCAGGCCGUGCAGGCGCUCCAGUCGGUCCGCAGCCCCGAGGAUGCGGUGCGCGAAGCUGACGCGCUGUUCGGCGGGAAGGGCGCGGUGGCGAUGGCGGCGGCGGCGGCGAGCGCUGCGGCGGCCGCGGCGGCCGCGGCGUUCCACGACCCGCGCCGGUCGGCGCAUCCGCCGGCGCCGCGGAGCGGGGGUACGCCGCAGUCGUACGCGAGCAGCAUCGACGGGCACUCGCCUGGGCGCGGCGGCGGGGGCCGCGGCGGGCGCGGUGGCGCGGUCGCGGGCGGCAUGGGCGGUGCGGCGGCGGAGGCGGCGGCGGCGGCGGCGGCGGGUCGCGCCGUACGCCUACUCCUACAUGUCCCACUACGGCCACAUGCAAGGGAUGCACGGCGUGCCGCAGGUGAUCUGGGCGACGCAGAACAUGCCGGGCACGGUUCCGAUGCCGGCGCCGCCGCCGGGCGACCCGGGGGCGGUGCCGCCGCCACCGCACUCGGCGACGCGCCUCCGGGCCGCCCGCGCCGCCACCGCCGCCGCCGCCGCCGCCGUCGGCGCCCCGUCAGGCGGCGUCGAAGGUGGAGGGCGCGCCGAACUGGGCGCCCGCGCCGCCCGGCGGGCCCCCGCCGCGGCAGAUGCACAGCGACGCCGGGGGCGGUCAGCGCGCGUGGCGGGGGGGGUCUUCCACGGACGGGUCGUCCGCGCAGAGGGGCCACCGCGGCCCGUACGGGCAGCAGUCGUGGAGCGGGCAGCAGCCCGGGGGCGGCCGCGGCGGCCGCGGCGGGCGCGGCGGCUGGGCGCACCGCGAGCCGGCGGGGAGUGGGCGGGCGGCGGCGGCGGCGGCGCGGGCCCCAGCGACGGCAUCUCCGUCGGCCCGCGCGGCCUCGUCGGCCCCGACGGCGUCGCGAUCAAGCCCGCGGGCCGCGCGGAGUUCUCUGCGCGCGCCGCUCGCAUCGGCAUGGCACGGCAGCAGUCGUCCGACAACGGCGGCCGCGGGCCGCCGCCGGGCUCGCCGCUCGACGCGCAGGGGGCGCCGCCGCAGCAGCUCGCGGGCCGCUACGACGGCCAGGGCGGGCCGCGCGGCCCGGGCGGCUCCAGCGCGGUGUCGCCGCAGACGGCGCACAUGCCCGGCGACGGGGGCACGUCGAGCCCGCUGCAGGGCCACGGGCGGCCCGCGGGCGGGCGCGGCGGCGCUCCCGCGCACUGGAUGCACCAGGGCGGCUCGCCGCACCAGGCCGUGGCGGCCGCGGCCCAGCAGGGGCAGGUGCCCGUAGACGUGCUGAUGGCGCUCCUGGCGCAUGGGCAGCAGGGCCACGCGCCGAACGGCGACGCGGCCGCACAGGCGCAGGCGCAAGCUCAGGCGCAGGCGCAGGCGCAGGCGCAGGCGCAAGCUCAGGCGCAGGCGCAGGCGCAGGCGCAGGCGUCGGCAGCGAUGCAGGGUGCAUCGUCAGGGCCGAUGGCGCGGGGCGUCGUGCCGCAGGGGGCGCGGGACGUGUCGAGCGGGUACGAGGAGGCGCGGCGGGCGGGCCACGGCGGCGGGCGCGGGCGCGGCGGGCAGGGUCAGGGCGGCGGGGGCUGGCAGGGCGGCGCGGUGGCGGAUGGUGCGGCGGCGCCCCCGUCGCAGGUGGCCGGGCGCGGGGCCGGCGGGGGGGUUCCGGGCGACCAGGCGCUGUACGAGCUGCUGGGGUCGUACCUGCAGCAGCAGCAGCAGCAGGUGGGCGAUCCGCAGAGCGGCGGGGCGGACACGGGUCCUCCCGGGUGGUCGCAGCACUCGCAGGCUCCGCAGUGGCAGCAGCAGCUGGGCGCGCAGCCGCAGGGCGCGGCGCCGCAGGGCCCGGGCGGCCGGGGCCGCGGGCGCGGCGGCAGGCGCGGCGGGCACCGCGGCGGGCGCGGCGGGCGCGGCGGCGGCGGCAACCACAGCAACAACAGCGGCAGCCACCACACGUCGGUUCCGCAGCACUCGAGCAGCUCCUCCCUGGCGGCGAUGCAGGGCGGGCAGAGCGCGGCGAUGGCGAUGUCGCAGCAGCAGCAGAUGCAGCCGCAGCAGGCGUACAUGCUUCAGGGGGUCGUCUCUGGGCCGCAGAACGGGCUGGCGCUGGGGUCGAUGGUGCACCUGCCGUCGGGGCAGUACGCGCUGGCCACGCAGCACGGGGUGUCGCAGGCGAUGCCGCAGAUCGCGUACAUGACCGGGGCGCAGGGGCACAUGCACCCCAUGCAGCUCACGCCAGUGCUGGGCGCGCACGGCAUGGUGGGGGGCGUGGUGGACAUGCACGGCGCCGGGGCGUACGGGGCCGGCACGCCCACGCAGGUGCACCUGCCGACGGUGUCGCAGCAGCACGUCCCCGCCGCGGCCUUCCCGUUCCACAGCAGUGCCAGUGGACCCGGGUAUUGAUUUAA